AAAGGAAAAAAUGAGCUAAAGUAGUAGCGAUAAGACACGGACGGACGAAUUUUUGACUCCUGAACGAGUGGCAGUGAAAAAAAUAAAAGAUCCGUUCUCGGGACACGUCCGAAGUGGACAAUUUUUGCAUCAUAUCAUUAGAUAUUCCGUCGGUUUUCGAAAUAAGAUAUUGAGGACUCCUACGGAGUAGUGUGGAAGCUAUAGAACAGCAGACUGCGGAGGACCUUUUCGGUAAUUUUGAAAGGAAGUUCAGAGCGCCACGGAAGAAUAGAAAAUGAGCAUUGCUAUUCUACGGAAAUAGGACCAACAAUAUCACGGACUGGAAUAACGCGAAGGAAGUCAAAGUAUUAGCAAGAAAAUAAACAUGGCCAGCCGGAAGCGAUCGAUUCGUGUGUUCAGUCUGCUGUUGGUAUUUCUGCACCUGGAAGUUCAGGUUCGGUCACAGCCAUCGAUUCAGCAGCAACAGCAGAACGAGCAGAUUAGUUUUGGCGCACAAGAAAUGUUUUCUCCAUCUUCACAAACGCUGAUGGACGAAAUGUUUCAAAGAGGGGACGGUGUCGUUAGAAGUGGCAUCGCGGAAAUGACAGCAGGGAAAAGCAGCCCAGAACUGGUAGGAAAUUUGAUUUUUCAACCUAGUUUGCUAGAUUUUGUUGAACGUUCGAUUGGUGACCCGCACAAUCAAGUAGUGAUCUUGAUCAACAAACAUAAAAGCCGGAGCGUAUUUUUGGGCUCGAUAUCUGGCAGCACGCCAGAUUUUUACAGUUCAUACUUCAAGGAUAUGGUUAUUCCACCCGAAGGCAACACAACGUUCAAUGUGGUGUUUUUACCGCGUCAGCUGGGUGCCACAGCUGGAUCUAUUGAAAUACAUACAUCGUUCGGGUUGUUGCAGUAUCAGGUUAAAGGUGUAGGGAUAGAAUGCCCAUACCGAUUAAGGCCAUUGGUUGGCCUGGUAGCUCCCUUAAAUGCUACAAUUACACCAGAAAUCACCCUGUACAACCCACACGAUACUCCUCUUCAGAUCGUGGAAAUCUACAGCAGUGGUGGAAACUUUCAGUUGGAAUUACCCAGCGGAGCCCAAGAAGGUCCCCAGGCACUUUGGGAAAUACCUCCUCACAGUACGAGAAGUGUAAUUCGUGUAAGGUUCCAUGGAAAAACAGCCGGCAACCAUACAGCAUAUGUUCGAAUAAAAAUAUCAGGCGGUAGCCAUAAUCCGACACUUGCCGAUAAAAUGCUUGUGGUUCCAAUCGAAAUUGAGAUUUCAAAGGAAACGGGAAUUUACUCGAAAGUACCUUUUCUCGAUCUCGGUGUCGGUGGCAUCAACGAAAAUAUUACUAAAAUAUCUUUGAAUUUAACGAACUCCGGGGAUCGUAAAAUAGAUAUCGCAAGCUAUGGUGUGCACUCUAUGACAAUGGAAAUCAUUAAAGCUGUAAAAGUAUUCAUUGAUACUCAAAAGUUUCACCCAGUAUUUGAAAUAACUAUCAACUGGACUAAACUGAACACAGACAGAGAAAUCAAAGGUUCUCUGUAUGUAGAUUAUACUCUGAAGGAUUCUCCAAAAAAUAUGGGAUAUGCAUGGGUUGAGUUUUCCGGCCAGGUUUUAAAUGGCAAAUUGAAGUACAACACAGACACGUUAAAGUUCCUCACUUUAAGUUCCGAUGAGUCGGAACAAGAUUCUCAACUCCUGGUUGCUCGGCCGCUGGUUAUCUGGAAUAAGUUCAACGUGCCAUUCAGCAUUUCCAACAUCACUGUACCUGACAACUUUUCGAGGAAUUUCCGCAUCGAAGGUUUCCGACCAAAAAUCGUCUUACCCGAUCAAGAAGAAAUGCUGUUCCGAAUAUCUCGUGUUCUGACGGACAACCUAAACCAAUCCAUUGUCUCCUACAUUCGGCUGGUGACCAACGUCACCGAGUUCGAACUUCCCGUCUACAGCUACACCGGGAAGUUGAAGCGCAUCCUACCAUUCUCGACAACUGCUCCACGUCCUCCAGAAGAAUACGAAAGGUUGGAUUUGGACGAGCGUGAGCUCAACUUUGGAAUUCUACCGAUCUCAACGAUUGGCGAAACGUUAAUCGCCUUCUUCAACACGAACCCAGUGGAGAUUCCGAUUCGCCACUGGAAGGGGGCCAUCACCUCCGAGGGCACCGGUGCGCCCACAAUCACCGUUAUUCUGCGCGGAUGUGGUCCUCAUGCAGGGGAAAAUCUAAUAUUUUGUAACACGAUACAACCGAAACAUUGGAUCGUGUUCCAGAUCAGCGUCCAGUCCAGCACGACCGACAGUUAUCAAGGUCGAUUUAGCAUAACCACAGACUACGAAGAGAUUGUGACACCGAUUGCUUUUACCACAGCCGUCGGCAAGCUGGAGCUGAACAGAGAACUGCUGCAUUUUGAUAACUGCUUUCCGGGAAAACUAUGCUCGCUGAAUCUGACAGCGCACUCAACGUUUCUGUCCAAGAUUCACGUCGAGGGCAUCAAAACCGAUGUGGACGGCAUUGAGUUCACGGUGGAGAGCCGCCAUCCGGUGAUUCACCCGAACACGGUGACCAACAUCGGCCAGUUGAUAUUCGAUCCGAAGGUGAUCUGCAAACAGGACUGCUACAGCAGCUUCGAUCUGCUCUCGAAACCGUUCGGAGUGAAAUGGAUGGCCACCCUGGACAAUUACGAACAGUACCGGAAGCUGGAUAGCGAAAAACUGUUGCAACAGCUGAGGCUCUACUCGGAGAUGAAACGGUCCUGGAAGAGCAUUCGGUUUCAGCUCACGACAGACCCGAUUCGAAAGUUCGAAUUCAAUGCCAGCGUCGAUUUGGUGUGGCCGAAAUUGUUAACGGAAAAUAUACAUUUUCCGACGCUGCAAAUAGAGCAGGAAGCAGUGAAGUUGAUUACGAUCAACAAUCCAUCGGAUCAGAUUUUGUUUGUGCAUCUGGUGCUGCACGACGUAAGCGUUCACGGAAGCGAUGUGAGUGUUCUUCCACCGGAGAUUUUAUCCGGCUGUGAGAAUUGCAGUCUAAGCGACGAAGGCGUAUUUUCGUUCUUUCUGUUCGAUUAUGACGAUAUUUACGUGAACUAUGUGAAGCCCAAAUCGUUCCUGAAAAUUGCAGUGAAAUUUACGGCGAAAGCAGCGGGGACAUAUUCGACUAUUUUUUACAUGCGGAACAAUCUAACAUUAAUCGAUGCUGUCUGGAUACAAGCAAAAGCCGUAGUGCCACAGUUUAAAUUUGGCAAUCGGAAGCCAGGUGCGACUACAGCACUACUAUUCGAGAUUACCGAUAAACAUCUGAAGAUGUGCACCAAAUUGCACGAACCCGCGGAUACGGAUGAAGCUGGGCUUUCGAUUCAGACGAUGCGUUCUUUCACUGCGAAGAACUACGGAGAGGUUCCAAUAACGGUUUCGGGCAUCCGCGUGGAAGACAUCCUCUGCGAAGGCUAUGGAUUUAAAGUGUUGGACUGUUCGCCCUUUGAGUUGCAACCAAAUGCAAGCAAGAAAAUUGAAAUUGCCUUCUCUCCUGAUUUUACUCUGGCAAGGGUGACACGAACACUGAAUUUCGAUACUAAUAUAAAUUUUCCUGUAAACUUUACCCUGUUGGGAACCGUUCCAGCGCAUGGGUUAGAAUCUUGUAGUUUAAGUUUAAAGAGACCGUGGUUCGAAGGAAUGCUCAGAAUUGUUCUGAUUUGCGUUUUGUCACUAACUUUUGCAGGCACCUUAACGGCUGCCUUCUUAGAUGCUAACAAGGUGAUCAAAGAUCACGUACUCAAUUUAUCCAGAGAUCGAGGACCUAUCCAACCUCCGUUGGAUUUACGGCAAAUAGCACUGCAAAGUUCAACCUUACUGGAUGAUAGCACGGAAAAAGUUUCCGUCAGUCAAAAUAGCCAAGCUAAAAACAGUCAGAAUAACAGCUCUAAGAAGAAGCCACCGGCAAAACAGUCGAACUCGAAAAUGUCCAACGGAACUUCCCACAAUUUCAACAAGACUUGGAACGAUUUUACUUCCAAGCUCGGAAAAGGUUUCAAUACGAAGCUACACGACGCAAGCGCGAGCAAACCUUCACCCGAAUCGGACAAACAGUUUCAGAAAAGUCGACGCUCAAUUACUCCUCCUAAGGAGGAAACCCAGCUUCUAACGUCAGUCUCAAACAGUCCAGUUAGCACCAAAGAACGAAACAGGCCUUCAGUGGAAGAAGAUUCCAGCUCGACCACGACCGAAAGUUCGGAGACGUCUUCAACUAUUUCCUCGGCGUCCACAUCAUCAAUGGCAGCUACGGGUUCCUACAAAUCGUCGACGGCAGUCGAAAUAAAAACUACGAAACCUCAAGCUACCAGUAAUCAUCAGCAUAACGCGCAAACUAAAACUUCUGUCAGCGAUGUAAAACAUGAAUCAAAUUCAACAAGCUCAAGCCAGCAGCAUCCUACAACUGCUGUUCAUCAUCAGCAGCAGCAGCAGCAGCCGAAAGCAUUGAGUCCACAGCAACCAUCAUCCCAGCAAACGGUGGCGGCAAACAAAACGAACGUGAAGAAGGCGAAAAGUCUUCCGGUCAACUACGUAUCGGGAUUAGCGCUUUCUCUUGGUACUUCGAUUACCAGUACAAAUAAUUUUCAAUCACCACCAAAACAUGCCCAAAGUGCGAAAGAAUCCGGCAACAAUGGCGGCGGCGGAGGAGGAGGAGGAGGCGGAGGAUUGCGCAACAGUAGUAAGAACCAUGGAAACGAUCGGAUGCCGGCAAAACAUACUAACAAGAGUGCUGAAAAGAGGGAACACUCUGGUAAAGAAAAUGGAAGUGCUUACGGUGAUCACGGGGGAAAGAACGACUCUUCGCAAUCGAAAAAAUUCGGUAAAACUCCCGGCCGGGAACGCAAAUCCAACAACCAAGGGAAGAAGGGUUCCAAAUCGCAACACAAGGCACAGUCGCUUCACUUUUCGUCGUCCAAUUCCAACAAAUCGACAAAUGCCGGUGGUAAUGCAGGCUCGCCCGGUUUUUUCUUCGCGACCAACAACAAUCCGGCGAAUCAAAUUCCUGCACCACCUAAUGUUUGGGGAGAAAAUAGGGCACGCUUCAGCGACGUUCUUGCACAGGCUACGCUGGAUAAAUCGGGUACUGGAAACAAUUCGAAAAACGCUAAGUUGAUGAAUUUUGGUUUAAAUUACGGUGCAGGACCGUCGUCCUCGACGGCGACAGCUGGCUCUAAUCAACAGCAUUCGGAGGCUCCCAAAAUGGGAGUUGGUUUGUUCGGUAAAACCAAGGACGAUAAUUUCAUUGGACUAGAGAAAGAGCUUAACGUUGGCGUCGGUUCUUGUCUAGCACCGAUUGGCACAUCCAAGAAAUCACCAUCUGCAACGCCAAAAAGUUGGGAACCAUUCGGAAAUGUUGUCAACAGACCUACAACAAUGGCACCUGGGCCCGACAUCGUAAAUUCUGAUAGUUACUUCUCACAAUCGUUCGUUGACUACAACCAUGGAAGCAACGAUCAAUUCCAUGGCAGCAAUGCCGUUAGUUGCAACAGCAACAGCAACAAUAACAGAUGUCAAAAAGCAGAUUUGCAUUCUCAACCAAUGUUUGGAGCAAUGAACGGUGGACCAAAUGCUAGCCCGUCAAAUGUUAUGGAUUCUAUGAACGAUCUAAAUCCACUGCUAGUGGACCACCGUGAUUGGGACACCAACAAACUUCUUUGGCAAAUGAUUCAAAAAAACGAGGACCUUAACCCGUCGCCACUGAUUGAUUGGACUUCUCUCUGGACUUCGCCGACAGUAUUUUCUCAGCCCGACGGUAAUCAGCAUCUGCAUCAGCAACCACACGCUCCACAAUCAUCGACAAUGCAUAUGAAUUCUCGGUUGACCAACAAUUGGCUUAAUGUCGGUGGCGGAGUUUCCCGUCAACCACAGAUGCCAUUACGUGCUCCGCCCGGAUUUUCACCAGUCAAACCAACUCCUAAUCCGUCGAUGAUGGCUCAAGCUCACGCUCAAGUGCAACAACAACAACAACAACAGCAACAUCAGAUGAAUGCAGUUCAUCAUCAACAAAUGCAACAGCAGCAGCAGCAGCUUCAGCAACAGCAUCAGCAGCAGCAGCAACAUCAACAACAACAUCAACAGCAAGAACAACAUCAUCAAGAUAAUGAUACAGCCCCGGCAUAUGACCCGUUCCGUUUGAGCUCCAUUUGGGCUCCGGCUGGUGCGGGCAAUGAUGUGUGGAAUGAGAAGAAGUAGGAGCAGUCAAACUUACUUCUUUGAGUCGAACAAAGAGAGUAGUAGCACUGCUGAGUUUCUUUUUUUUUAUUUUUAUCCUUUGAACUAGUUUUACAGAAACGUAGAUACUCAAGCGAGGUUUUCAUUUGAAGUACAAUGUAUUUUCGUCAGUUUUAUCUGCGCUGUGAUUGAACCAGAAGCUUUGAUCUUUUCGUUACUAAUCAUUUUCAUCGUUUGUUUGAAUUGUUUCUAAUCAUUUUUUUUUUAAUUCUGAAGGUUGAAGAACAUUUAAUUUACUAUAGUUUUUUUUGUUGUUGUUCCACAUGUCACUUUUUUGGUUGAAUUUUGUACAUUACUCGAAUUUUCAUCUUCGCAUAUAUUAACGACCAGUAGAUUCCGUAGCAAAUGGAAUGAGUUGAAUGUCGGUAAAAGAACUGCUGCGCUGGUGAUCAAAAAUUGAAAAGAACAUAUUAAAUGAAUAUUAUUCAAUAUUUAAAGUAUCAUUAAAGAUGAAACACCUCAAAAUAAUUGUUUAAUGAACAGUUAAUUGUAACGAGUGAAAUGAUAAAGGUCACACUAAGGCCAAUUCGUUUUGUCGUAUUUCUAAAACACAGAUUCAAAUGCUUACAUAAGCAGAAUUUUAAGAAAAGGAUGGCAACACUGCUAGUAAGUACUGCACUGUCAGUGAGCCAAAACGUGGGCACGCGUUUUACGCUGAUGAUAACUACACGCUAACGGACAAAAUGCUGAUGAUGAUGAUUGGAUACUCGAGCGAUAACAAUGACAGACGCAACAAUUGAAAAUAUACACAAAAGCUAUGGCAAAUAAAAA